AUGUCUGCUUCUCUGCGCGAGCGACGUGGUUCUGGAUCGACUUCAUCUGAACCAGAUGCAAACCUCGUCCUACAUAGAGCCCAAGCAGCACUUGAAGAAGAACACUCGAUGACAGUAUGGUCGGCUGUAAAGUCAUAUCCGAAAGCCAUAGGUUGGUCUAUUCUGGCUUCGACGUGUAUCAUCAUGGAAGGUUAUGAUUUAGUGGUUAUCUUCAGCUUCUUUGCCUUUCCAGCUUUCACCAAAAAGUAUGGUCAACUCACUGCGAAUGGAACUUAUGAGGUCCCCGCAGCCUGGCAAACAGGUCUGACCAACGGCACUUGUAUUGGAGAGAUGAUAGGUCUCUUCUUGACAGGUAUUUUUGCAGACAAGUAUGGACAGCGAUGGACCAUCAUUGGUGCUCUAGCUCUUGUUUCAUGCUUUAUCUUUAUCACCUUCUUUUCUCCUAACAUCCAUGUCCUUCUGGUCGGCCAGAUACUCUGCGGUAUACCUUGGGGUGUCUUCCAGACUAUCACGCCUGCUUAUGCAGCCGAUGUGGUUCCCAUGGACUUGAGACCAUACCUUACUUCUUACGUGAAUCUUUGUUGGGUCAUGGGCCAGAUAAUUGGCUCAGGUGUACUACGAGCGCUUGUCGACCGAACGGAUCAAUGGGGAUACAGGAUUCCAUACGCCCUGCAGUGGAUUUGGCCAGUACCACUUGCAAUCGCCAUGUUCCUGGCGCCAGAAAGUCCCUGGUGGCUUGUGAGACAAGGUCGCGUCGAGGAUGCGGAAAGAUCACUCAACCGGCUGAUGAGCAGAAAAGGUCGAAACACGUUCGACAGCCAAAAAGCAGUGGCAGCCAUCAUACACACCAACGAAAUGGAGAAGCAAGUCACGAAAGGCACAUCAUAUAUGGACUGCUUCAAGGGCAUUGAGCUGCGGCGUACAGAGAUCUGCAUGAUGGUUUGGAUGAUCCAGAUUCUUUGUGGCGGAGGCAUCAUGGCAUUCUCGUCAUACUUUUUCGAACGCGCUGGGCUGGACACGGCUUACUCAUUCGACCUCAGCAUGGCACAAUAUGGACUGGGUGCUGUAGGAGUUUUCAUCGCCUGGGCAUUGAUACCCUGGGUCGGACGGCGGACGCUAUUCAUCGUCGGACAGAUCAUGAUGAUGGUUCUCCUGCUCAUCAUUGGAUUUAUCGGAGUCGGGCCCAAGAGCCAGCCAUCGUCAUGGGCGGUUGGAGCAUUGCUUCUGGUCUACGUCUUCGUCUACGACAUCACAGUCGGACCACUAACCUACUCAUUCGUGUCGGAAAUCUCGUCGACCAGACUACGGCAAAAGACGAUGGUACUGGCGCGAAACGCAUAUCUGGUGGCGAACAUUGUCAACAAUGUACUGACACCUCAUAUGUUGAACCCUACAGCAUGGAAUUGGGGGCCGAAGACAGGACUUUUCUGGGCAGGUGUUUGCUUUCUGACGAUUGUUUGGGCAUACUACCGGCUACCUGAGCCCAAAGGGCGUACAUGUGCAGAGCUGGAUGAUUUGUUUGAGCGUAAGAUCCCAGCUCGGCAAUUUGCUCGCACGGUAGCCAAUCCCUUUGACAACGGACGGCGGGGUGGCUCAGUGGAUGCAGCACUAAGAGAGCAAGAGUCGCGGAAAACACAAGGAGAUUGA